AUGCAGCAAGAAGCGCGCAACACCGAAGGACGGAAUCUCUGGAGGACGGGCACCUCUCUUCGCCACCAGAUCGUGCGGUUUGUGAGCGCACAGGAUCCGCAACCCGAUCAAGAAAAUGGACACCAGUCCCCGAAUCCGGCAAAAUUGGUUGAAACCACUCAACCCGAAGUGACACUGGACCCACAGCAUCAUAUUGAACUGAUGGCUACAUUGGCACCAGAACCUGCAUCGGAAAACCUGGCCCCAACGCUCUGCGUCGACUCAGUUUACAAUGUUGAAUCGACGCCCGAUUCGAUAAUUAGCACUAAUUCGCCGAUUUUAGUCGAUUCUAGCGAAGACGAAGUCGUUUUUCGUGGUCGGAAAACCCAGCAAGAGGAUCGCAAAACCCCCCCGAUCAAAAGGCAGACGCAAAGCAACACGACUGCCGCCAGGAGUCCACGGCAUAAAAAAGAAGACAAUCACAUUCAACCAGUACAUGACUCCUCUCAAUUUGACCCCGACUUGUUGCCCUUUGCUAGGGAUAAUUCGAUAGAACCGCAUUCGAGAACAAGAGGUGAUCAGCUUGGUUACGUCUCACUUAGGGCCCAGAAACAGAAGCAGAACCAAAGAAAAUGGAAAAGGGAUGAGGAUGACAUUCUCGCCGACUACAUUGAGAACAUCGAUGACGACUAUCUAUUAUUUAACACGGCAGAAGGAGUCACACAUGGUCAGAAUCUUCAAACAGAGGGCGAGUCAACUGUUUCAUCUGGCGUCUCCGACACAGAGAACGUGGAGAAGGAUGAGUUUGAUGUAAGUCGCACAACGCUUGAUACUUUCGAGAAUGGAUUCUUUGCAUCAGCCACGGCUUUUGCCGAUGCACUGGAGUUCGAUCCCUAUUAUGGAUUUGAUAUUAUGGACUUCAACCGACCCAGUGUGAAAAAGAGGUCCAAAGGGAAAAGCCGUGCUUUAGACAUCACACUCUCGGACAGCGAACUUGAAUCUGAACUGGUAAAUGCCUGGCAGAACGACAGGGCAAAGAAGAAGGCCAGGAAGAAACAACGUGAAGAGCUACGUUCGCAGGGACUGCUUGGUCGGAACCGCCAGGAUCCUGUUCUGAAAAUGAAAUAUGCAAAUGGAAUAGGCUUUGAGGAUUUAAAAUCCGAGAUUCGUCAUUUCCUCUUAUCGUCAAGGAACAGUUUGGCUCUACCUCCGAUGUCUAAGCAGCACCGCAAAUUGGUUCACGAACUGGCCAAUGCCUUAUCCUUGAGCUCACAAUCCCGAGGCAAGGGAUCAUCUAGGUUUCCAAUUGUGCAUAAAACAUCCCGAACUCCGGUACAUACACCCAAAACGAUAGCUCAAAUGGACCGGAUACUGCACAAAGGACACGGCCAACGUGGAUACAACCCUAGGGACUUGAAAUCAAGCAAGUCCAGUAAGCCCCGCCGUGGUCGCCCUGAUGCAUCUGUUUCCUACAUGGAUGGCGAUGUUGUCGGAGGGUCAGCACCUGAAAUCGGUGCAGAAAACAAGGGAAGGGCUAUGCUUGAGAAAAUGGGAUGGAGCACUGGUACCCCUCUUGGCGCAACGAAUAAUAAGGGUAUCUUGCUUCCAGUUGCACAUGUUGUAAAGAAUUCGAGAGCCGGGUUAGGAUAA